CCCUCUCAUUGUGCCUUGUGUCUGUGAGCUCCCACAUUUGCCUACCCAGCCUGUGCUGCUUUCUGUUACUCACAGUCUCGCUCAUUGAGUCUCACUCUCCAGCUACAAUGUCAGCCAAGAUGCAAACAUACUCUAUGCGCUCCUCCACUAGCAGCAGGGUUCCUGUUGUAUCAAUCUCCCGUUCCUCGGGUCAAGUCUACAAGGCCAACACUAUCCACGGUGGGAUCGGUGGAUCCAGAAUCAGCAUGCCCUCCAGCCAGCGCAGCAGUAUGGUAGCCGGUAUGGGAAUGGGGUCUGGAGUAGGAGGCUUCUCCAGCAGUGUCCAGGUAAGCGGAAACAGCGCUGACAUCAUGGGUAAUGAGAAGUUCACCAUGCAGAACCUGAACGACCGCCUGGCCAACUACCUGGAGACAGUGAGGAACCUGGAGCAGGCUAACCACAAGCUGGAGAUUAAGAUCAAGGAGGCCCUGGAGAAGAGUGGACCUGACUUCAGAGACUACAGCAAGUACCAGGCCAUCCUGGACGACCUGAGGAGGAAGGUGUUUGAUGCCACCACUGACAAUGCCCGGCUGGUUCUCAACAUCGACAACGCUCGCCUCGCGGCCGAUGACUUCAGAGUGAAAUACGAGUCUGAGCUGGCCAUCCGCCAGUCUGUGGAGGCCGACAUCGUCGGUCUGAGGAAACUCAUUGAUGACACCAACAUGAGCCGCAUGAACCUGGAAAGUGAGAUUGAAGCCUUGAAGGAGGAGCUCAUCCACCUCAAGAAGAACCACGAAAAUGAAGUCAUGGAGCUUCGGAACCAGAUUGCCCAGUCAGGAGUCCACGUGGAUGUAGACGCUCCUAAAGGACAGGACCUGGCUCAGAUCAUGGCAGAAAUAAGGGCUAAGUACGAGAAGAUGGCACAGAAGAACCAGGAAGAACUCAAAGCAUGGCACGAAACACAGAUAACGGAAGUACAGACCCAGGUCACCCAGAGCCAAGAGGGCCUGAAGGGUGCCCAGACAGAGAUGAACGACCUGCGCAGACAGUUACAGACCCUGGAGAUCGAGUUGGAGUCACAGAGGAGCCUGAAAGCCUCUCUGGAGGGCACACUGAGGGACACAGAAAUGCGCUACAACAUGGAGAUCGAGUCUCUCAACUCCAUCAUCCUGGGUCUGGAGGCUGAGCUCACGCAGCUGCGUAACAACAUCCAGCAGCAGACACAGGAUUACGAGUCCCUGCUCAACAUGAAGAUGAAGCUGGAGGCCGAGAUCGCCACAUACAGACGCCUGCUGGACGGAGAAGAUUUCCAGCUCCAGCAUGCUCUUGAUGACAAGAAAACAGUGAAGACCAAAGUGAUGACCGUCACACAGACACUGGUGGACGGCAAGGUGGUUUCCUCCAACACAGAAACCAAGAACCUUUGAAUACUAGAAGCAACCAUCUGACAUUCCCAACAAUCACUGUCACUGUGCAUCAUAAAACUAACAUUUGAUUGGCCAAAACUUAUAUUCUUCCACCUCUAGUGGGUUCUUCUUUCAUUCUUAGUCACACAGCACUAACCAUCAGAGUCUCAGCUUAUACUGCAAGUAGUUUGACUUCCUGGGUAUACAGCUGGUUCACAGGCUGAUGAAAAAUAAACUGGAUCAGUGAAAAACUAAGUCAUCUUUUAUUUAUUUCAUCAUGAAUUAUUUAUGUGUUUGUAUGUUGACCUGCAGAUGUUUACAAAAGUUCAGAAUUGGGUAACUGUGAGCUUUUUUAUUUCAGAGGUAAAACUAAUUGAAGACACUGAAUGUUUCAAAGUGUUAAGAGUCCAAAUAUUUUUAAAAAAAAAAUGAUUUCAUCAUCUUUGGUUUUUCUUUCUGUCCAGUUUAGCCUGCCUGUUGCGCUGUGAUGUUCAGAAAUUUCAAUAAAGUCCACUCCAGAAAUUCA